AUGGGCGACCCACCUUGGAGAAGGAACGCGAGAAGCACUCAGCACCCCCUCAUCGAAGGGCCCAGAAGAUCAUGGUCCGCUCCAGCAGCGACAGCAGCUACAUGUCUGGGUCACCAGGGGGAAGCCCCUGCAGUGCAGGAAACCAGAGAGCUGCUGCCUCUGCUGCCUCAGGAAGACACUGCAGGGAGAAGCCCCUGCGCCACUGCCUGCUGUCCAGGACCUGCAGUCAGCACACAGACUUCACAGACUUCGUCCUCCACAGAGGGGGAGCCAAGGAGGAGUGCCAGUCCAGCCUCACCAGGAAAACACCCACUGCUGAAGAGGCAGACGCGGAUGGACUAUAGCUUUGAUACCAGCACUGAAGAUCCUUGGGUUAGAAUUUCCGACUGCAUCAAAAACUUAUUUAGCCCCAUCAUGAGUGAGAACCAUAGCCAUAUGCCACUACAGGCCACCACCAGCCUGGGUGAAGAGGAUGGGACACAGGGCCACCCAGAAGGGGUCCUGUCAAAAAUGGACACUGCCAAUGGUGCUCCCAGAGUUCACAAGUCAGCAGAUGGCUGCACUGUGAAGAAGGGGCCCCCAGUGGCCCCCAAGCCAGCCUGGUUUCGUCAGAGCUUGAAAGGUCUGAGGAAUCGUGUACCAGACCCCAGAAGAUUCCCGGAAGUAGCCUCAGCAGCUACUCAGCCAGCACCUGUUUCCAGGGAGCCUUCAGUGCCACACUCAAAGGCCUCCCCCUCCUCCUCUACCUCCUCCUCUAUCAGGCAGAGAAUCAGCUCUUUUGAAAACUUUGGCUCCUCACAACUGCCAGAGAGAGGAGUCCAGAGACUGAGCCUGCAGCCCAGCUCUGGGGAGACCACCAAACUUCCAGGAAAGCAAGAUGGAGGACAGUUUUCUGGUCUCUCAGGACGAGGGACUACAGUCUCUGCUAAGUACAGACAGAUAGAAAUAGAGCCUAUAGCCAUAGGCUUUCCUAACACCUCAGAGAUCAGGGACCCAGGUAUGUCUGAGUCUCCUCCCCCACGUCAGCGACCCAGCCCCAAAGCUCUCUCCCCAGACCCUCUCCUGAGACUGCUGACUACACAUACUGAGGACACUCAAGGACCAGGCCUCAAGAUGCCAAGUCAGCGGGCACGGAGCUUUCCCCUGACUAGGACUCAGUCCUGUGAGUCAAAGCUGAUGGAUGAAAAGGCCAGUAAGCUUUACUCCAUCAGCAGCCAGUUAUCAUCAGCUGUCAUGAAAUCCCUGCUGUGCCUUCCAUCUUCAUUCUCCUGUGGCCAGAUCACCUGUGUCCCCAAGGAAAGGAUGUCUCCAAAGCCACCUUCCAAUAGCAACACAGCUACAGAAGGUCUUGGUGAAGUCGUUGGCUCGGACACAGGGUUUUCCCUCAACCUUUCAGAGCUGAGGGAAUAUUCAGAGAGCCUCACGGAGCCCCGGGAAACUGAGGACAGGGACCACGGUUCUUCUCAGCCCGGCCAGUCAGUUAUCUCCUUGCUGAGCUCAGAAGAACUGAAAAAACUCAUCGAGGAAGUGAGAGUUCUAGACGAGGCGACAUUGAAGCAACUAGACAGCAUUCAUGUCACCAUCUUACACAAGGAAGAAGGCGCUGGCCUUGGGUUCAGCUUGGCAGGAGGGGCAGAUCUAGAAAACAAGGUGAUCACGGUUCACAGAGUGUUUCCAAAUGGCCUGGCUUCCCAGGAAGGCACAAUUCAAAAAGGCAAUGAGGUUCUUUCCAUCAAUGGCAAAUCUCUCAAGGGGGCUACCCACAAUGAUGCCCUAGCUAUCCUCCGCCAAGCUCGGGACCCAAGGCAAGCUGUGAUUGUCACCAGGAAAGCAACUGUGGAUGCCACUCAUGACCUGAACUCCUCUACUGACUCUGCAGCAUCAUCUUCAGCAGCCAGUGACAUUUCAGUAGAAUCUAUGGAGGCCACUGUCUGCACAGUGACACUGGAGAAGACCUCUGCAGGGCUGGGCUUCAGCCUGGAGGGAGGAAAAGGCUCCCUGCAUGGAGACAAGCCUCUCACCAUUAACAGGAUUUUCAAAGGGACAGAACAGAGUGAGUCGGUCCAGCAAGGAGAUGAAAUCUUGCAGCUCGCUGGCACUGCCGUGCAAGGUCUUACUCGGUUUGAAGCCUGGAAUGUCAUCAAGGCAUUGCCUGAUGGGCCUGUCACUGUAGUCAUAAGAAGGAAGGGCCUCCAAUGCAAGCAGAUGAUAGCUUCUGGGGACCCCUAGACAAGAUGCCGAUGCUACGACAAUGCAGGAGCAUGAAGCUCCCAUCACUGCCGAUUCUCAGGGUCUCUGCUGCCCACCUCACCCAGGCUGGGGAAAGCCCAGGUGUGCUUCUGGUAGCUGCUGCUCAGGUUUGGACUUUCUGGGACACUACCCACCAAGAGGGUUAUUCUAAAU